AGGACCUAGAGUGCAAGUUCUAAAAACGCAGCGGCUUAGGUUCCCAUGCAUUCGCAUGUGAUCACAGCACUUCUAAUCGUCUCAGCAUCAAUUGCAUCAAUUGUGGGAGCUCCAGUGGAGCCUCUUGAAGCUGAUGUGGACGUGCCCGAUACAAAUGUCACAACCGUCACAGAAGCCCCCGUUGCAUUCCUACAAGUCACCGGAAUGAAGACCGGCUCAUGUGCCGAACAAUGUGCAAGCGAGUUUAUCACCAUGCACCACAUCGAACGUUCGCCGCAGGAGCAAAAGGAUGAAUCACUCAAAUGCAUAAAAAGAUGUCGUGCAACUGCUAAAUAGCAGGCAAUACAGAUUAUGAA